GAGAGAGAGAGUGAGUGAGGGGGAGAGAGAGAGCUAGAGAGCGAGGGAAAAUGUCCCAGAUUCCCAUGGUAUUUAUUAGACAUUGAAACAAAGUUAAUCUGAUAAGCAAUGUGCACCGGGAACUGUGAUGGAAAAGGAGCCAUUCUUCACACUGGAACAUCACUUACAACUGCAGAUUUUUGAACUCAACCUUUAAAACCCAGGGGUUAUUGAAAAAAAAAAACUUCUUUGAGUUGGUUGGAGCGCUUUUUAUUUAUUUAUUUAUUUUGCGUAACCCCCGUGCGUGACCUGCGGAAACAAGAUAACCCUGCUCCCAUGCAGCUUGAGGGCUGAGACCCUGGCGGGAUUCUGCGGAUAGCCGGAGAGAAAAAGGGAGAUGUACCUGUACAAAGCCCCGUGUUCCGAUAUCCCAAACCCCAAACAGAAAGGGGGUCAGAGGCUGGACAGAGCCUCCUCCAAGUACCGACGGCAGAGCUCCGGGGUCAAGGCGUACACCCCUAUGAUGUGCUGGGGAGGGCUGAAACCAAACGGCCCUCUGGAGCUGAAGCACCUGGAGGAGUUCCUCAACGUGCACACGCUCUCACUGCAGGACUCCACCAGGGCAAGGACUGGGAUGGCAUACAGAUUGGCUCUGAAGAUUAUUUGACAUUGAUGAAGUAUUUCUGCUCGGUGAACACCC